CUGGGUCGGGGGCAUGGAGGAGCGACGCAGCUUCUCGGACAUCGACGGCGGCCGCCUGGCUCUCCAGCGCCGCUACUACUCCCCCUCCUGCCGGGAGUUCUGCCUCAGCUGCCCGAGGCUGUCGCUGCGCUCGCUCACCGCCGCCACCUGUACGGUGUGGCUGGUGGCCUACGGGCUCUUCACUCUCUGCCAGAACAGUAUGGUCCUCUCUGCUGCUAUCUUCAUCACUCUCAUAGGUUUGCUUGGUUACCUCCACUUUGUGAAGAUUGAUCAAGAAACUCUACUGAUCAUUGGCUCUCUUGGCAUACAGAUGACCUCAUCCUAUGCCUCAGGAAAAGAGAGUACAACCUUCAUUGAGAUGGGCAAAGUGAAGGAUGUUGUCAUCAAUGAGGCUAUUUACAUGCAAAAGGUGAUCUACUACCUGUGCAUUUUACUGAAGGACCCAGUAGAACCACAGGGGGUAUCACAAGUAGUGCCUGUCUUCCAGAGUGCCAAGCCCCGACUGGACUGCUUGAUUGAAGUAUACAGGAGCUGCCAAGAGAUCUUAGCACACCAGGCAGUCACAUCAACAAGCCUGUGAGUCCUAUUCAGCAGAUUCCCAUGGUGCUUCCUGUCAAGAUAAUCCCAGAUCCUGGAGCCACAGCCAUUCGUUUGUUUUGGCCAGUUCUGAACAGCUUGGUACCAUGGCGUCCUGGAAAAAGUGCUGGCCUUGUAGUCAAGGAGACUUGUGUCUUAGUUCUCCUUCUUGCACAUACUGGCCCUGGGAGCCCAGGGAAGUGCCGGACCUCUGAGGGCCUCAGGCAGGGUGGGUUACCUGCCUUGGGAGGAGGAAUUCUCUUUACCAGCAGAAUCACAGGCAUAGUCCAAAAUGACAAGUGCCAGAACCUCAGUGAGACCCAGCUUUGAUGACCCACGUGGAAGUCAGGGAGUGCAGAAGACUAGAACAAAUGACAGAAUGUCUGGAUUAUAUCCUGUCUUCACCACUAAUCCACUGUGUGAGGUUAUGCAGGUUAUUUCUUUGUAUGUUAGUUUUCCUUCCUAUACAGAAGGAACAGUGUCUUAUUUUUGUGCUGCCUUCAGCACCUUAAUACCUGUCUGUUGAAAGGAAUGGAUGAAUGUGAGAUAGGGAUAAUUGCAUUCUACCUCAUUGUAUCUGAGAAGUAAAAUAUGAGUGAGAUGAUAAUGAGGUAAAGUCCUUUGGGAGGAGGGAGCCAGGUCAAAACAAGGUGGUGUUAUGAAAGUGAUUAUUAAUAAAAUGGAACUGGGAAAA